CGUGGGUUGAGAGGAUCCCAUCGCCAGUCGGCCGGUCGCACGCGCGUUGCAUCCCCUGAUUCUUCGUGUCCAAGUCGGGACUCUGCUUAUCCCUCCUCCUUUUUCAUCCUCGAUCGCCUCUCGCCAUCGCCUCUCCCACCCAUCCCGGAAGGCCUGCUGCGAUUGACCGUUUGCCGGGUGUUUGUUGUCUUCUUGUCCUCUUCUAUUUCCUUUUUCCUGCAUCAGCCACUGAUGAGGAUUCUUUAAUCUCUUCCUUUACUCUCUUUUGACUGCCCCCACCCAUCACCAACCAUCGAUCGAUCGCUUCACGCACCGCACCUCAGGCGCCUGCGACUACGAGACACGACCUCGUUCCUCUACAACUCCUUGCGAGUCGAGCCCAUCCGAGCCGAGUUCCCUAGCUGUCCUCGUCUGCCAUGGCUCGUUCCACGCGGGGCAAAAGUCCCCAGCCGCCGGCCAAGGGACAACGAGGCAAGAGUCCUCAACCGCCGGCCAAGGGACAACGCGGUAGAAGUCCUCAGCCUCCUGUCAAGGCACAGCAACUGCAGCCGCCGCCGGUGCAGCAACUGCCACAGCAGCCCCAGCGGCAGUCGGAGCCUGUUGCUAAGCCUGUUGCUAAGUCCAAGUCCAAGUCAGGCAAGAAGAAGAUCACCUCGUACCAGUCUGAGGGCGUCGAGGACAACGAUGUCUUCUUGCUCCCCGUCUCCGACUACUGGAUGGUCCUCUCCGUUACCAUUCUUGCCACGAUUGUCCGUGUCUUCAAGAUCUUCCAGCCCACCAGCGUCGUUUUCGAUGAGGUCCACUUCGGCGGUUUCGCUUCCAAGUACAUCAAGGGCAAGUUCUUUAUGGACGUCCACCCGCCCCUGGCCAAGAUGCUCAUCGCUCUGACCGGAUGGAUUGCCGGCUUCGACGGCAAGUUCGACUUCAAGGAGAUUGGCAAGGACUACCUCGAGCCCGGUGUCCCCUACGUCGCCAUGCGCAUGUUCCCCGCCAUCUGCGGUGUCUUGCUCGCCCCCUGCAUGUUCCUCACCCUCAAGGCUGUCGGUUGCCGUACCAUGACAGCUACCUUGGGUGCUGGCCUCAUUAUCUUCGAGAACGGUCUUCUGACCCAGGCCCGCCUGAUCCUCCUCGAUUCGCCUCUGGUUGCCGCCACUGCUUUCACAGCUCUUGCCUUUUCCUGCUUCACCAACCAGCACGAGCUAGGCCCUGAGAAGGCCUUCUCGCUAAGCUGGUGGUUCUGGCUCGUACUCACUGGUCUUGGUCUCGGCAUCACUGCUAGCAUCAAGUGGGUCGGCUUGUUCACCAUUGCUUGGGUUGGAUCCCUCACUCUAGUUCAACUCUGGGUUCUCCUCGGUGACAGCAAGAACGUCUCCAUGCGACUUUGGUCCAAGCACUUCGUGGCCCGUAUCUUCUCCCUCAUUGUCAUCCCUGUCACCUUCUACAUGGCCAUGUUCGCCAUCCACUUCGCCAUUCUCAAGAACCCCGGUGACGGUGACGGUUUCAUGAGCUCCGAAUUUCAGGCCACUCUGAACAGCAAGGGCAUGCAGGAUGUCCCUGCCGAUGUCAUCAUGGGCAGCCGCGUGAGCAUUCGACAUGUCAACACCCGAGGUGGCUACCUCCACUCCCACCCCCUCAUGUACCCCACGGGCAGCAAGCAGCAGCAGAUCACUCUCUACCCUCACAAGGACGACAACAACAUCUGGCUGCUCGAGAACCAGACCCAACCCCUUGGCAUUGAUGGCCAGCCCAUCAACGGCACCACGGCCUGGGACGCCCUUCCCGAGCCCGAGUACAUCAAGCAUGGCAGCGUCCUCCGCCUCUUCCAUCGCCCUACCAACCGCCGCCUCCACUCCCACGAUGUCCGACCCCCGAUCACCGAGGCUGACUGGCAGAACGAGGUGUCUGCCUACGGCUACGAGGGUUUUGAGGGUGAUGCCAACGACUACUUCCGCGUGGAGAUUGUCAAGCAGCGAUCUCACGGUGCCAUCGCCAAGGAGCGUGUCCGCGUCAUUGAGACCAAAUUCCGCCUUGUCCACGUCAUGACUGGCUGUGUCCUCUUCUCCCACAAGGUCAAGCUCCCUGACUGGGCUUCCGAGCAGCAGGAGGUCACCUGUGCUCGUGGUGGCACCCUUCCCAACAGCUUGUGGUAUGUCGAGUUCAACGAGCACCCUCAGCUCGUGGACGGCGUUGAGAAGGUCAACUACCGUAAGCCUGGCUUCUUUGGCAAGUUCUGGGAGCUCAACAAGGUCAUGUGGGCCACCAACGCUGGUCUAACCGACUCCCACGCUUGGGACUCGCGCCCUGAGUCUUGGCCCAUCCUUCGCCGUGGUAUCAACUUCUGGGGCAAGCACCACACCCAGGUCUACCUCAUUGGCAAUCCUAUCAUCUGGUGGUCCACCACCUUGGCCGUUGCUCUCUGGAUGCUGUUCAAGGGUGUUGCCGUUCUGCGAUGGCAGCGUAACUGCAACGAUUACCGCCAUACCACUUUCAAGCGUUUCGACUACGAGAUCGGUACCUAUGUUCUUGGUUGGGCCCUGCACUACUUUCCCUUCUAUCUGAUGAAGCGUCAACUCUUCCUCCAUCACUACUUCCCGGCUCUCUACUUUGGCAUCAUCGCCCUGUGCCAAGUAUUUGACUACCUCACUGCUCGCGUUCCCGGCAUCGGCGUCCGCGAGAACCCCAUCAUCAACAGGAUCACCGCCGUCUCCUUCCUCGUUCUCACCACGGCCGUCUUCACCCUGUUCGCUCCCCUGGCCUACGGCAGCCCCUGGACCAAGGCCGAGUGCAAGCGAGUCAAGCUCUUCACUACCUGGGACUUCGACUGCAACACUUUCUUCGAUAGCUAUGACAAGUACACUCUUACUGAGGUUCCCACUGUCAGUGACGGCGCGGUGCCCACCACGGAGGUGAAGAAGGUCGAGCCUAACCAGCCCGCCCCUCCUGUUGAGAAGGCCCCCGAGGUCAAGGCCCAACAGGAGGCCGGCAUCUCCGGAGCCCCUGCCAUGGAGCAGCACCGAGUCAUUGCCAAGGAAGAGAAGGUCGAGUACCGAGACCAGGACGGCAAUCUCUUGGACCCUGAGCAGGUCAAGGCCUUGGAGGGCAAGGUUGAGUUCAAAACCAAGUACGAGACUCAGACCCGUGUUGUCGAUGAGGCUGGCAACGAGCUCAACGCCCCUGAGGGCGGUUGGCCUGAGGAUCUGGUUGGUGUCGCCCCUCCUCACCCCGACGUUGAGGGCGUCAACAGCGAGACUGUCAAGGGUAAGGAUGAGGAGGCCGUUCCUCUUCAGAACUACCAGGCAAGCCAAGAUGGUGAGAAGGAGGCCGAAGAGUCUAAGCCAAAGCCUGCCAGCGAACAGAAGGACGCCACUGCCAGCCAAGACAGCGAGAAGGAGGCCGAGGUCGUUGAGGAGUCCAAGCCUAUCGUCGAGGAGUCCAAGUCUAUCAUCGAGGAGGCUAAGCCCAUUGUCGAGGAGGCUAAGUCCAUUGUCGAAGAGGCUGAGCCUGUGGUUGAGGAGUCCAAGCCCGUCGCCGAAGAGUCCGUGCCUGUCGUCGAGAACCAGGAGACGGAGGAGUCCAAGUCUGAGCCUGCCGGCGAGGAGAAGGAGGCCCCCGCUCACGAGGAGCUGUAAAUGCCAACUCCACUGGGCAUUUGUUGACUUCACGAUGUCUCUAUGUCAGCGUGGCUGAUAAAGGCGGCUCCUUUUCCCGGGCCCGCUGCCACCGCUACAACCUGUGUAACAUCAUGUACUCAUAUCAUCUGAUGACGAAUUGAGAGAGAUGGGAAAAGAUAUUUCAAACAGCGGUUUUUUAUUGGGGAGGUUGUGGGAAUAAGAAACACCACUGUGAAGAAAACCCAGAAGACCAAAAAAGGGGGAGAGACGAGUUGAUACCGAACCUAGAUCGCCGGGCCAAGGCGUAUUCUCAUUUGUACCGACCUAGUUGAGGCAUGUCAUGUCAUUUUGCGGUGGGCUUCAAUGUAUGAUGCACUAUUCCCAUCUAAUUAAAAAUGUUUCAUGUUCA